GCCUCCUCACGCGUACGCCCCGCCCCGUGCGGGGAGCCGCCCGCCCGCCCGUUGCGGCGACCAGCUCCGGAGGCCGAGGGGCUGCCUGGCCGCGCCGCCGCUCCGCCAUGUGGCUGCUGCCUGCUUGGGUGCUGCUCAGCGCCGUGGGCGCCGGUUCUGCCCAGUUGAUAUUUAGUGGGACAGAUGUUGUUCAAAGAACUGACUGUAAUAAAACUGUCAUUUUACCUUGCUAUGUGACUAACCUGAAGGAGAACAACACAAAUGUCAUGUUUGUGACAUGGAAAAAACAAGGAAAUAUCAUUUUUUCUUUUGAUGGAAGAAAACAGGAGUUUUUCAGAGAUCCCGAGUUUCGAUCAGCUGACUUAGUAUCUCAGGCGGAUUUACCCAAAGGUAUUGCCUCUCUGAUGCUUAGCAGUGCAGAAGCAGCUGUUGGAAAUUACAGCUGUGAAGUAACAGAGUCAAACAGAGAAGGAGAAACAAGAAUUGAACUUAGAAACCACUCAGUUGUCAGUUGCGGCGAGGAAAAUACCCCAGCAUCAAAGGAGAUACGUGGAUCAUGGUUUCUUCUAAUGGAAAGGGCUAUCAUCAUAACGUUACUAUUCUUAGUUAUUACUUUGUGUGCGGCUCAGUUAAGUGCUAUUGUAUUAAAAUAUGAAACUGUACCUCAGAAGAAAACGGGCAUUAUUGUAGCAGUCGCCGCCUUCGUAGUUGCUGCUGUUGUAGGCACUGUUCUUUUUGUCCAAGAUGGCUAUACUGCACAGAAUCAAGCUGGCCUUGGCCUGAUUGUAGUCCCUGCUGUGAUUUUGGUACCACUUCAAUAUGUUAUGUUUGGAAUCGUCUUUGAUAGCCUACCACAAGCAGCAUUUGCUCUGAUAGGUUUGCACGUUCUUGGCUAUGUAAUUGCUGUGGUUGGUUUUGCACUGUGUGUCUCAGCCUGUCCUCCAUUACAUGGGUCUGUUGUGAUUGCUGGCUUAGCUAUUAUGGCCAUUGCAAAUUUGCUUAGUCUGGCUUACGUGUUUAUUAUGGGUUCCAGAAUGAAAGAUCAUCCUCGUCCAGGGAAAGCUGUAGAAGAACCACUAAAUGAUGCAAAAGGAGUGAUGUUAGAAUGAUGAACUGCAGAGCAAUGUGAUACAUGAAAAGUACACCGUUGUUGAUACACCGUGGCCUUGAAGAUGCACUACUCAACGAGAAGAAAUUCAGGAAACUAGUUGUUUUGCAUGUGUGGCAAAAGUGCUUUUGAUAUAAAUGAGGUCAUUUUAUAGUCACAGCAGCUGUAGCAAGGAACAUGUGUGUUUGCCCACACGUGAUCUUUCCUUCUUUUGUUAUGGUAUACGUGGGAUGUUUGAGGGUGAGCAUAUGAAAAGCACUGUUUGCCCACUGCAGGGUCUCCCUGCAGGAAUCCUUAGUGGUAUUAUUUUCAAAAGCUAUCAUUAGUCACUGCUUUGAUAAUGGGCCUGCUCGGCCCACAGAUUGCAAUACCAUUUAGACUAUUGUUUUCCUUAUUUGUGUGCAUGGGCAAGGUAUGGUCAUACGUCUAUGAUGCAAGCAGGAAAUCAAGACUGUACAAAUACAUCUCUUUUCUGACAUUCAGCAAGACUUUUAUAUUAAAAAAAUAAAUGCUUAUACACAAAGUUCCAUCAGUACAAAGUUUACUCCCAGCUCUCCUUAAGUUAGUAACUGGGUUCUCCUGAUUCCACAAAACAGUAGUGUUCCUCUCUAUGGACAGUAGUCGUGUGUGCUCUGGUGGCCAAUAUUUUAGUCCAGUGAGAGAGUUCUCUGUGCCUCUUCUGUAUUCUUUGAUGAGAAACUGCUCAGCUGUUGGAGCCUAAUUCAGCACUGGGAUUAUGGAGCACAGCAGCUAGUAAUUUUCAUGCUGAAUGUGGUUCUUGUGUGUGUUCAUGUCGUGUGGUGUGUGGUACUGGAAGCAACUUCAGGCUUUCUUAACUCAGUGAAUUUGUAAAAGUCAUGGAUGCUUCAUAAAAAUAGGAGUUGUCCUAUUUAGUGUAUAUUUGACAAGAGUUUUAAAAUCUUGUUUUGGAAACCAGGAGCUAUUUCAUUUCUGACCCAAGUUUGUGAUGCUGCCGUUAUAUCACAAAUAGAUAAAAUAGAAAGUAAGUAGGAGGAGCUGAUGGGAAGCGAGGAGGCUCAGUUUCUGUAUAUAUGUAAGUGGUACAGUUAAAAAAACAUUUUUUUUUCUAGGACUUGCACAUUCCAUGAGAUUUUACCACGUUUUAUAACUGUUUUGAGAGCUGUUCCAAUGCAGUUGGCUUCUCUUGGGCUUCAUGUAUACUUUGUAGAAAUCUUGACGCUGUCUCCUUUUCAUACUAAGGGAAUAUCUUUCAAAGGCACACACAGUUUUCUCCUCCUAACAAUUAAAAACUUGGUUUGGAAAGCUCUUACCAAACAGUCAUGUGAAAAAAAAAUCCAUGUCUUUAAAGAUUUUUGAGUAAUUUGGCACCUCUGGAUGUGGAUGUUACGAGCUAAGGUUCAUAUCCACGUUUGGGUGCGUGUUGCAGGGGUUCUGGUCUCUGCAUAUUGAGCUCCAAUCUGGGUGCAGACACCUUGCAUCAAGAAUCCAACAGAAUAAAAUUGAGGUAUCUGGUUGUACAACACUGACUCUCAUGAACAGCCCUCUUGCUAGGGCUGCAGGAGUGAACAGCUUAAAGCAGCCCACGGUCCAGCCCUUGCUCAAGUCAGUGGAACUGGCCACAGUGAAGAGGGUUAUUAAUGUGAUAAAAUGUUAAGAAGCGUGUAUGAUUUACACUUUGCUUUCAUGCCUUUAAGUCUGUCAGUGGGAGUAUUCAUCUAAGAUUUGAGCUCCUGUGUAUGAAUCUUGAUACAGACUUUUCCAUAAUCACAGCAAUCACUACCUAAAGAAAGGGAGAUUACUCUCCAUUAACAAUUCAGUAUCAGAAUUGACCUGAUUAAGUACCAUGCAGAGCUCCCUCUUUAUAACUAGUGAUUUCCUCUGGCGAGCUGAAAGUUGAGCAGUUGAGGAAUAAAAACCAAACCAACUGGAAUUAUAUUGUGGUAUUCUGCCUUAUAAAAACCAUUAUGUAUAAUAGCUUUAUGUUAACUUCUGUAAAGCAGACUGCGCUAGAACCUGUUUGUGUCAUGGUGGGAUGAGGCCGAGCUGUUACUAAGCGUUACUGAAACAGGAGGAGCUCGAUGGCUGGGUACAGGCUGCAGGAGCAAUUAUUGCCCCACAAAUGGGAGAAACCCACUGUCCUGUUGUUGUGCUAAGGGCUCUGCUCUGGAUUUCACGUGGGUACAGAUGUACAAGUGAGCGUUUAAGAAGUCACUGAUAACACCCAGCCUUUUCCCACCAGUAUUUUCAGACCAAAGUUGUUCAUAACUGUAUGCUUCCAUUCGUGAGUGUACGUGUGUAUAUAUAAAUAUAUAGACAUUUUAAAUAUCUAUAGCUCUAUAGUCUUUACCCAAGAAAAUGUUUUUAUUUAUGAAUCAUGAAACAAUUUUGUAAAUAUUGUGCUAAUAUACUUAAAAAAAUAAAGUCAUUUUAAGUUGUU